UGAACAAUGUUUUAAAACAGUUGCACAGCUUUUCGACACAUAGACGAAUAUUGACUGAUUAUUGUCAAUGGGUCUGAGUUCUGACAGUAUAAGGAAAAAGGAUCUGUUGAGUGUACUCGAAUCGAUUUUCGAAGUAAUUUCCUACUUUCAUUAUAUUUAUAAUAGCUUAUUAUUUAAUAAUGACGAGCACUGCGGAACAGCUGACGUUAGCAAGAGACAUAAAGAGAGCCAUCGAGUUGCUAGAAAAACUCCAGCAAAGUGGAGAAGUUCCUGCGACUAAACUGGCUGCACUUCAAAAAGUGUUACAAAGUGAUUUUUUAAAUGCUGUGAGAGAAGUGUAUGAACAUGUUUACGAAACGGUGGAUAUUCAGGGUUCGGCGGAUAUACGAGCAUCGGCUACUGCCAAAGCUACCGUCGCUGCGUUUGCUGCAGCAGAAGGUCACGCUCAUCCCAGAGUUGUGGAGUUACCGAAAACCGAAGAAGGCUUAGGUUUUAACGUCAUGGGUGGCAAGGAACAAAAUUCGCCAAUUUAUAUAUCCAGAAUUAUACCUGGCGGUGUCGCUGACCGUCAUGGAGGAUUGAAAAGAGGUGACCAACUGCUCUCAGUUAAUGGAGUAUCCGUAGAGGGAGAAAACCAUGAAAAGGCUGUAGAACUGCUUAAGCAGGCAGUGGGUUCUGUCAAACUAGUGGUAAGAUACACACCAAAGGUAUUAGAAGAAAUGGAAAUGAGGUUUGAUAAGCAAAGAACGGCGCGACGGCGUCCAAAUUACAACUAAAUAUAUUUUGUUCCAUUUAAUCCCCAUUCAAAAAAAUUCAAAUUUUGUGCUUUUUAUUUAGCAGUCAAUUAAAAUUUCAUUACGUUGGAAUAACUGAUGAACUUUGUUGUUUUGUGUAUGCCUAUUGAUAAUAAGGAUAAAAGUCCUGAUAUAUUUAACAUGACUAUUAUUUAAAAUAUUUUCAUAUUAAUGUAACAUGCACCAUUAAUAUCUCAAUGUAUGAAUGUUAUUGUACUUUAUUUGCGUAGCUUUAAAUUAUGAAAUUAAUACUCAGAGGCAUGUAAUAUUUAAAAUAUGUUUUCAACCUGCAUUGUUAUAGAAUUUCUUAAUAUAUAAGAAAUAAAAACAAGGUUCAAUGAAACUAAGGUUAUCGGAUACUAUUCAUUCUUUAUUUCAGGGAGAGGAACUUUAUCUACCCCAGGCAAUGUUAAAGCUCCUCUCCCUAAAAUGCGAUGGACCCGGCACCUGCAUGGUGAAUCCAUGGAAUGCUGAGAAGUUUUGUCCCUAAUAACUACAUAAUCCUAACAUUUCAGUACCUCUACAGCAAAGUGUUUACCUGUUCUUUCAUCUUGUCUGCCCAUGAUCACGGUUGCUCUAAAGGAACCGAAGCAACAGGAGUAUUUAGUUAUAAAAUAAUAAAAAAACGCAUGUAUCUGAAAACCUUAGUAUUAUUAGAAUGAGUACUUGCGAAAACCUUAGAUACCAUUAAAACAAAAUUUAAAAAAAAAAAUAUUCAAAUUGUACUUUGAAUAAAACCUCCUUACUAUUUGAAUCGUUGUUUUUUUUAAAUAUGAAAAAAAAAAAAAUUGUGUGUUCCUACAUUGGAUGAUAGUCCGACUUUAAAUUGUAUUACAAAUGAAUGAUGUGUAUGUAAAACUAUUUAUUUUCAUUAUCUAUAGUUAUGCAAUUAUUUAAUAUAUAAGUUUUUCAUGAUGCACACACAACCAAAUAUUAAUAAUAGUAUCAAUGUGUGUCUAUUAAAUAUAAAUUUUAGUCCAACAUGUGUACUGUAUGUUGAGAACUGUUUUAUUUCACUUUGUAUAGUUUUUUGCCUAGUUUUAUUAUUUUUGGUGGUAAGGUGUUAAGCAUAUUGUUAUAAAGUAUUAAAUAAAGAGUAUUAUAUCACAUCAUAAACCAUUUAUUGGAUUAA